GAAACCCAAAACACAAAAAAGAAAGAAAGAAAAAAAGGGCACAGGCAACAGCACUCCUCACUGCCUCCUUUUUUCUUCGUCUCUCUUUCUCUUUCUCUCUCCCACUCUCACUCUCUCUCUCAUCUUGCCUUUUCUCCUUCUCUCCUUCCUCUUUCUCAGCCACCAUUCGCGGGAAGAAACUCCAAAUUCCAGGGCCCGACAUCGCUCUUUCUCAGUUUUGGGUGUUGUCCAUUCAGUGAGGCAGAGAAAUCUUGAACUUGAGAGAGGUAUCCAAUGGAGAAAAGGCAACUAGAUUUCAAUGCACCCAUCCUUUCAGCAAGGAGGUAUUCAUCGCCGUCGCGCUCUACGGAGUUAGUCCCCCGGAAGGCGCCGGAAAAGGCAAACCCCGACCGGCAGCAAUCGCUUCCGGCAAAUAAAUUUGGGUGGGAAAAUGAGGAAGUGACGAAGCCGGCAGCCGUGCCGUUUCAUUGGGAGCAAAUCCCCGGCCGUCCAAAGGACGAGCUCAGCAGCCAGGCGCCUACGCCGGAGGAAACGCCGAGGCUCCCGCCGGCAAGAGUGUCGGAUGCCAUUCGACGAAAUUCAGGCGAAAGCCCGAGGCUGCCGUCUGGCAGAGGGUCGGGCCAAUCUCGGUACAAUUCAGGGGAAAGAUCUGUUGAUCAUAAUGUGCAGAAAUCUCAGGUCGAAUCGUUCUCCUACGCCGAUCACGCGAUGCUUCUCGAGAAACUGAACGAGAGUCUGAAUUGUAAAGAUGAGUCGGAUUCGGAGAGCGAAGACGACGCAUAUUCGGAUGCACUCGACACCCUUUCGGUCGGAGAAUCGCAUUCCGUGAACUAUAGUGUGAGCGGGCUUAGUGGCUAUCAUAGCUCUGGAGUGAAGCCCGCCGGGACAUUCUGCGUCGACGAGCAAACGAGAGACUUGAUGAUGAACAGGUUCUUGCCGGCAGCCAAGGCUGCAGUUGUGGAAACGCCGCAAUAUGUUGCUAAGAAGUCGCAGGUGGCAAAUGUGGAGACGAAGGUUGUAAGGAAGGCAGUUUCGGGGGAAAUAACGAAGCCUUUGUCUAAAGAGAACGUGUCGAAUACUCUGCCUUAUUACAGUCAGUAUAUCGAUUAUACGGAGAGCGAGGAUGACGAUCAAGAUCAUAAGAUUCCGGUUAAGAAGCCCGGAAAAGUUUGGGGGAUUCUCCCGAGAUUCUGUGUUAAGAACUCCUUGUGCCUCUUGAAUCCUCUGCCGGUAAUGAAAUCGAGACCUCGUCCCCCGACUCCGCCCACGCCUCACGUCCAUGAUGUCCGAAGAUUAUCGAGGAAGGCGCUAAGCGGACCUCUAGACAAGAACGUUUACCAUGUGCCUAAUAAGAAGAAAUUUCAUUCCGGAAUGUUGGUUCGAGAGCUGCCGGGAGUCGAGGGUAACCUGCACAGCGACGAUCCGAGUCAAUUUGUGAGCCCGCGCGACUCGGUUAGAUUGUCGGUGUCUCCGUUGAGGCGCUACAGAAGCGGUAACAUAUCUCCUUACCGAAACGAAACUCCAAAGUCUCCGUUCCGCGACGGAGCUGGUUUACUCGGCCUGCCUAAAGAAGCCGACAAUCAGCUUGCGUAUAAGAUCGCCUCGUCGCGGAAAAUGCUCAAGGCCCUGCAAGAUGUGUCGCGGAAUCAGACAACCGAGAGGCGAUCCUCAGCCCCGAACGGCGAUGCUGUCGAGAAAACUGUUUAUGUAGACUUUGUCAACAAAACAGAGCAUCGUCGGAUCACAAAGCCAUCCGGCGAGAGAAUCAAACCGCAGCCGAACAUUUUUGACCUCAGAAAGAAACCGAGUCUUAAAAAUGGACCGGAGUGCAAAGUUCUUCCGGAUGUUAAAGUCGAUCCGAAUCUUUGUCCUGAAUUCGGACCCUUGGAAUGGAUUCCUGACGUGAAGCUCGGGUCGAAAGAAGAAAGGAAAGUCGAGUCGGAGAAGAAAGAGUCUGAUCAUCAGCUGCUUUCGCCAUUGCCUCCACCGUUACCGAAAUCCCCUUCGGAAUCGUGGCUAUGGCGCACGCUUCCGUCGAUUUCGAACCCCUUUGCGCACUCGCGCCAACGGAGCCGUCUCCAUCCGAAGAAGGCGGGCGCGAAAGGCUCGGCGGACGCUGCGAAAUGGGAGACUAUUGUCAAAACUUCCAACCUACGGCAGGAUCACAUUCGAUACUCCGAGGAGCUUCAUCGACAAAGCAAAUAGCAGCAGGAAACCACUCUUUGUUUUUGCAGGCAGAGUUUCCAUUACCAUUACACCACUAAUUUUGGAGGUCAUUUUUUUCCCACUAUUUUUUGAGGAAAAUUGAUUGAAGAAGAAGGUGCUGUGCUGCUGCAUGACAUUAUAAUAUAAACAAACAUAUAUAUAUAUAUAUAUAUACUUUUAAAUAUAAUGGAUUCAAAGCUGUGUUUGCUGCUCUGCUUCCCGUUUGGUGAUGUAGUCUGUUGUUAGGAUGCAGCUUGGCAUUCUAGCUUCCAUACGCCGUCGUUUUGUGCCCUCUGCAAUGCCUACCUCAUUAGACCUUAUAAAAUAUAUACAUAGCUGUUGUUGCCAUUUGUUCUUUCUGCAUAAUACAAUUCUUGAUUGCUUGGCCAAUUAUAAUGUUAGAUUAUGUU